GUCAUAACAGUACUGUAAAAUCAUAUGGCGCGAUUGUUUUGAUUAUUUGUGAUCACAAUUUUUGUUUUUAAAGUGUUUUAAACCAAAUUAAGCAGCGACAGGAGCUUAUUAUGAGCCGUAAACUUGUUCGGGUUUGGGAGCCAUCGCAACCUGAAGCAAUUGAAUUAAGACCAUCCGUGUCCCAUGAAAACCUUCAAGUAUCUUAUAAAUCCUGCUGGGACAUCUCCCUAAGUGCCACAAAUAAGAUCCUGACGGGGAACAAAGCUCUGGACUCUCAUUUUGGAGGUGGAAUAUCCUUGGGUCAACUGGUCGAACUGAUCGGCAAUUCGGGCACCGGAAAAACGCAAAUGUGCUUGCAACUUUGCCUAAAUGUACAAAUUCCUAAGGCGGCUGGCGGAUUGGAAGGCAGUGCACUAUUUAUAGACACCCGGCAGGAUUUCCAUCCCGACAGAUUAAAGGGCCUAGCAUUGAAACUGGAAAGGCAGUAUGCACACAAAGUUCCAGAAUUUAAGGCUCACAAAAUGCUGCAGAAAAUCUAUUAUGUGAAGUGCCACAAACUGGAUCAAUUAAUGGCCACAGUUCUCAGUUGCCACAGGCAUCUCGUCGAGCAUCCAGAUAUUAAGCUGAUUGUAAUCGACUCCCUGGCUUUUACCCUGCGAAUGCUUGAGAAUGGCGCCCAUCGUUACGAGAUGCUCCUGGAACUGCAUGAAAGCAUGCGGAGAUUGCAACGUCAACACGAAUUGGCAGUAAGUCCUCACAAUCGAUCAAUUUUCCUUUCCUUUCAAAAUCCCGUCCACCGGCAGUGGGUCUUCACCAAUGUGCUCACGCAUCGCUACGUCAAGAAAAAGUUCCAAGUGGAGCCCGCCUUGGGGGAUCUGCAUUCGCACUUGAUCAACGAGCGCAUCUGGUUUUCGGGCAGCUCUGAGCUUCACCUGGGCAAGUCGUGGAGAACGAGUAGAUUAAUUAAGGAGUCUGAAUGAGGCUGCAUCACUUUUACUUUGUGUCUAUUUAAAACAUUAGCUAAAAAUAGGUACUUAAGGUUUCAUUAUGAGUUUAAAAGUAUGAAAUACUUGCAGGAAAUACUUUCACAUGUUAGAAAAAAAAGUUACCUUGCUAAAUAAUAUUGUUUUUCUUUGGAAUACAAAUAAGUUUAGCGAGAGAUAAGGAUCGAAGCAUUACUAAAGGAUAGAGGAGCAGCAGCAGCAAACGGCAUCCUCAACCAGUUGAUUCGCAUCAGCACAGAAAACGGAUCCGCAACUAGCGCACACCCAGCCAGCUGCUGAGCAGUUGCUAAAAGCUCCUCCGGUCAGCUCCACUCCACGACGACCCCGAUGCCUAUCGAUGGCGCAGCUCCAGAUUGACAGGCGAGCAACGCCUGAUUUAUGCGCGCGGCACAGGAAUGUGGCAAAGUGUAAAAAGUGUUUACACAUACGAACGGCGACACCCAAACCAGACUGCCGAUCUCUAGCCCGCGGCCUUUUGAUUAUACACAAAGAAAAAGUAAAGUGUUAUUUUAUAAAAUGAUUCACAUUUAAUUCAAUGCAAAGGCAUUUAGUAUGGGGAUUUUGUAAUAGUAGUAUUAAUAGUAGUAUUACUGGAUAAUAAUGUUAUGCACUUUUAGAUUAAAUGUUUAGUAGUUUCUGGGUAAGGAACAAUGCUCUACUCCUUAAAAAUAAGACAGAAAAGUAAUAUUUGAAAACACUAUUUUUUUCAGUGCACGCCUUAGGCGAACAUGGAGCUCCGGGCAGCAGCUAGUCACGCAUAUGCCGCGACAACUAAUUCAAUUUCCACUUGCCAGAAGGAGGCGGCUGUUUAGCCGAGUGUGCACGCCUAAUUGGUAAUGCGAUCGGCUUUAUUGAGGCGCUGGAGUCGCAACAGCACUUGUGGCUAUAGCUCUACCCAUAUAGCUUAGUCUCUGGAUCUGAAUCGCUGGAUGUGACUGAGCCUGGUGCCUGCUGGCUGGUGGAGCUUGCUGGUGCAGUCACAGGCUAUCGCUGUCGCUCAGCGCAAAUCCCAUUACGUGCGAUCCGUUUCGAGCCAUAAACAUGUAACAGCUGCAGCCGAGCUCCCCUCCCAGUUUCCACCGAUACCACCCGAUCCUAGCCGAGUUUCCUGGCUUCCAGCGGCGCAACUUGUCGCUCGAACUUAAUUGCCUCGGUUGCGCUUAUGACUUUCGUGUGCAAUGCAUCCUCAUCCACAUCCACAUCCACAUCGCCGCUCUGUGACUGCAGCAUUAGAAAGUAACUCCAGCCGGCGGAAAGCUAUAGCUAUCAACAUCGGUCUCGCAUCGUCUUCGUCGUCAUCGCGAAGUUUGCUGGCGCUAUUUUCGACACCGCCUGGCCCGCCAUAAAUUUCCAACUGCCCUGUAAUGCACUUGGGCCUCAAAACUAGAAAUGGUCUGACUGAGUCGGUGGCACCGAAAAAAGUUUGUGAUGUGAUCGGAAAAAGAUAUUGGGAUCAGUAAAAAUCAUUACAGAUCAAGAUUUGGUAUUUUCAAGGC